GGAGGCUUCCCGUUUGCUCCAGCAUCCCCUGUUCACCUUCGUGCUGAACCGUGAGACACAACUGUGAGUGUGCCAAGGAGAAGGGCAGCUGCCGUGAUGCUGGGACUCCUCCCUGCACUCCCCUGCCUGCUCCUCCUCUCUCUGAUGGGCCCCAGCUCUGGCUCCGAUGACAACAGCACUGUGGUGCUCACCACCAGCGGCCCCAUCCGGGGUAAGCGCCUCCAGGCCGGCUCCGGCACAGUGAUGGCCUUCCUGGGGAUCCCCUACGCCGAGCCCCCCGUGGGGGCCUUGCGCUUCCAGAAACCACUUCCCCACCAGCCCUGGAGCCAAAUCCUGGAGACCACCAGCUUCGGCAAUGUCUGCCCGCAGUUUCCACUUACUGGUUCCCCUGAGGCCAAAUUAUUCACACCCACAAUGCCACAGUCUGAGGACUGCCUCUUCCUCAAUAUCUGGGUGCCCCAUCCCCAGCCCCCUGACCCAGCCCCCAUCCUCAUCUGGAUCCACGGCGGUGGGUUCUUCAGAGGGGCAGCCUCCCUCGAGCUCUAUGACGGGCGCUUCUUAGCUGCCACCGAGAACGUGAUUGUGGCCUCCAUGAACUACCGGCUGGGGGCGCUGGGCUUCCUGUCCCUGCCCCCGGCCGCCCCAGGAAACGCCGGCCUGUGGGACCAGCGCCUAGCACUGCGCUGGCUGCGGGACAACGCAGCUGCCUUUGGUGGGGAUCCAGCCCGUGUGAUGCUUUCUGGCCACAACACUGGGGCUGCCUCAGUCGGCUUCCAUCUUCUGUCCCCGGGAAGCCAGUCCCUUUUCACCCGCGCCGUGAUGCAGAGCGGAUCCCCAACCUCUCCAUGGGUUUGGACUUCACUCGAGGAGGCCCAGGAGAGAGGCCGGAGGCUGGGCCAGCUGCUAGGCUGUACCGAUGGUGACGACAUCGCCCUGGUGGGCUGCCUGCAGGGGAAGGAAGCAGGGGAGUUCCCCAAAGGUGACAUCUCCGUCUGGAACCAAAGGAAGCUGCUGGGCCUGCCGUUUGUGCCAACAACAGAUGGGGAUUUUCUCCCUGAUUCACCAUCAAGACUCCUGCAGGCUAAGCAGAUCCAGCCUAUACCCAUCACAGCUGGUUUCACUGCCAACGAAGGCUCCUACCUAAUACUCUUCGGUGCCCGCACCUUACACCCGGAGAACGCCAGCAACAUCGGUAUGGAGGAGCUGCUGCAGGUGUUGAGGCUGCUGGUGCCAGGGGCACCAGAAGAGGCCGUCCAGGCUGUGGCUCGGUGGUACAGCCAGGAGGGGGAGGAUCAGGGCGAGGCACAGUAUCGAUGGGCCAUGGAACAGAUCGUUGGUGACUACAUCGUUGUGUGCCCAGUAGCCGAGGUGGCUAGGCAGGCAGCAGAGGCCGGCAAUCCCGUGUUUGUCUACAGCUUCGACCAGCGCCCCAGUGUAUUUUCUACAGCAGAAUGGACAGGGGUGCCACACGGCUCUGAGCUCCCCUAUCAGUUCGGAACUGUUUGGUCCCUGGCAGGAGCCAACUCUACGCACACAAAGGCUGAGGAAGUCCUGAGCCGCACGCUGAUGCAGUACAAUGCAGAGUUCGCCAGGAGCGGGAUGCUCACAGGGGAUGAGGGCAGGGGAAGGAAGUGGACCCAGUAUGACCCCAUAAAGCAAAACUUCUUCCACAUCAAAAUAAACUUGGCCCAGAUUAAGGAGAUACCCCGCACGCAACGCUGCAGCCUCCUAGCAUCACUGCUCGCAAAGGAGCCGAGCCCCACAGGAGCAGAAUCCGGACGUGCCCAGCCCGGGGGGCCGUGAAUGAAGAGCUGAGCAAUCCCCUGAAGAAACCCUCCCUGCAGACAAGAGCAUCCAGUGCUUACUAGCACCUGCUGAUUCACUAACAAGGAUCCUGCUAAUAAACCUCCUGGGAAUCCACAGAUUCACCCUCCCUCUGUAACUCCUCCACCUCCAGUGCAUUAAAGCAUAUUUAGUGUGUAGACAGUA